GCGCUUCUCCUAGAGUAAUCCCAGAGUUGGGCUCUGUCUUGGACUCGGUCCUGCAGCGCCUCUAGGCUGCGGAUCCGCGCUCCAACCACCUGCUCGGCUCUGCGGCCUAGGAAGCGGAGACUGAGGAGGGAGGGACAAGGCGGGGGGAGGAGGAAAGAGCCAGUUUACACACGCCUUCUAGUUCCUCCACUCAGAGCAGCCCAGAGACCGCUGCUGCUGCCGCCACCGCUGCUAUCACUGUUGCUGCUAUAGUUGCCGCUGCCGCUGCCAGCUGAGACCGCCUGGACUCGCCGCCUCCAGUCGCCACCCCCAGAGAUUCCUUCCUAGCACCUGGGCUUUUCACACGCACUACCACUGCCAUUAUUAUUAUUACCAGAGGAGGAAAAAUCUGAGAUCAGCCAAAAAGAGCCACGUACACCUUUCCAAAUUACUCAAGUGUCUCCUGGGCAGAGAGAGUCAUCCAGCCUGAGAGGAGCAGCCAAGGGGGGCCGAAGGCAGGUGUUGAGAGGAAGGAAGGAAGAGUUGGGGACACCGCCUAGUGGAAAGUUGCGUGCCCUAGGAACCCGAAGGUGCAGCGCCACAGCCCCGGGGGCAGCGUGUUCGCGAGUAGCCGCUGCCCUCAGCGUCCUGUCCCGCGAGCAAUCGGGCAGCGAGGGGCCCAGAACGACGCCCCCUCCUGCGGCGCGGACUGUCGGUAGCCCGGGAGGAAGAGGAAUAUGGCUUCGAAGGCGGCCCCCUCCUGUCGUCUGGUCUUCUGCCUCUUGAUCUCCGCCGUUGUCCUCAGACCAGGCCUUGGAUCGUAUACAGUAAAUUCAAUAUAUGGAGAUACCAUUAUUAUGCCUUGUCAACUUGAUGUACCUCAGAAUCUUAUGUUUGGCAAAUGGAAAUAUGAAAAGCCCGAUGGCUCCCCAGUAUUUAUUGCCUUCAGGUCCUCUACCAAGAAAAGUGUGCAGUACGACGAUGUACCAGAAUACAAAGACAGAUUGAGCCUCUCAGAAAACUACACUUUGUCUAUCAGUAAUGCAAGGAUCAGUGAUGAAAAGAGAUUUGUGUGCAUGCUAGUAACAGAGGACAACGUGUUUGAGGCACCUACAGUAGUCAAGGUGUUCAAGCAACCCUCUAAACCUGAAUUUGUAAGCAAAGCCGCAUUUCUGGAAACAGAGCAGCUAAAACAGUUGGGUGACUGCAUUUCAAAAGACAGUUAUCCAUAUGGCAACAUCACAUGGUACAGGAAUGGAAGACCACUGCAACACCAUGAAGGAGUGGUGAACAUACAUUUUAAUAAGCAAAUGGACCCAGAAACUCAGCUCUAUACCAUGACUUCGUCCCUGGAGUACAAGGCUACCAAGUCUGAUAUUCAAAUGCCAUUCACCUGCUCUGUGACAUAUUAUGGACCAACUGGCCAGAACACAGUUUAUUCUGAACAAGCAGUCUUUGAUAUUUACUAUCCUACAGAGCAAGUGACAAUACAAGUGCUGCCACCAAAAAAUGCCAUUAAAGAAGGGGACAAUAUUACCCUAAAAUGCUUGGGAAAUGGUAACCCACCUCCUGUGGAGUUUUUGUUUUACUUACCAGGCCAGCCAGAAGGAAUAAGAAGUUCAAAUGCUUACAUAUUGACAGAUGUGAGGCGCAAUGCAACAGGAGACUACAAAUGCUCCCUGAUAGACAAAAAAAGCAUGAUUGCUUCAACAGCCAUCACAGUUCACUAUUUGGAUUUAUCCUUAAAUCCAAGUGGGGAAGUAACAAAGCAGGUUGGUGAUGCCUUGCCUGUAUCAUGCACAGUAUCUGCUAGUAGGAAUGCAACUGUAGUGUGGAUGAAAGAUAACAUCAGGCUUCGAUCUAGCCCAUCAUUUUCUAGUCUUCGAUAUCAGGAUGCUGGAAACUAUGUCUGUGAAACUGCUCUGCAAGAGAUUGAAGGACUAAAGAAAAGAGAGUCAUUGACUCUUGUUGUAGAAGGAAAACCUCAAAUCAAAAUGACAAAGAAAACGGAUCCCAGUGGACUGUCUAAAACAAUAACCUGCCAUGUGGAAGGUUUUCCAAAGCCAGCUAUACAGUGGACAAUUACUGGCAGUGGAAGCGUCAUAAACCAAACAGAGGAAUCUCCUUAUAUCAAUGGCAAGUAUUCUAGUAAAAUUAUCAUUUCUCCUGAAGAGAAUGUUACAUUAACUUGCACAGCAGAAAACCAGCUGGAGAGAACAGUAAACUCCUUGAAUGUCUCUGCUAUAAGUAUUCCAGAACACGAUGAGACAGACGAAAUAAGUGAUGAAAACAGAGAAAAGGUGAAUGACCAGGCAAAGCUAAUUGUGGGAAUCGUCGUUGGACUCCUCCUUGCUGCCCUCGUUGCUGGUGUCGUCUACUGGUUGUAUAUGAAGAAAUCAAAGACUGCAUCAAAACAUGUAAACAAGGACCUUGGUAAUCUGGAAGAAAACAAAAAGUUAGAAGAAAACAAUCACAAAACAGAAGCCUAAGAGAGGAAUUAUUCUAGUUGUCCAGAGAAAUAAAACCAUAUAGACCAAUUGAAGCAUGAACGUGGAUUGUAUUUAAGACACAUACAAAGACAUUGACAGCAAUUCAUGGUUCAAGUAUUAAACAGUUCAUUCUACCAAGCUGUCACAGAAUUUUAGAGAAUUAUCUCCAGUAAAACAAUGAAGUGAAGUGACAAACAGUAACAACAAAUUCUGGCAGCCAUGAUAAUAGUUCAUAUGUUGUGUUCAGUUUUCUUUCUUUUUUUUUUUUUCUGUAAAUGUCGCACUGAGGAUUUCUUUUUGGUUUGCCUUUUAUGUAAAUUUUUUACGUAGCUAUUUUUAUACACUGUAAGCUUUGUUCUGGGAGUUGCUGUAGAUCUGAUGUAAAAUGGAAUGUUUUCAUUUCAAUUGUUUAUAUGGAUAAUCUGAGCAGGUACUUUUCUGAUUCUGAUUGCUAUCAGUAAUGCCCCAAACUUUAUCACAAACCCCUUGAACCCAAAAGUGGCAGCUUGUGAAGAUUGGGGAUGCACACAUUGUGUUAGUCAAGGCUGUGAUUUUUAUCGUAAAGGAGAGGGAGGCAGAGAGUCAGAUUAAAAAGCACCAUAUGAGAUUAUUCUGUGUGUGUGCCAACAGCUGACUCUCAGAAGUCAAAUCACACAUGCAUAUGGACACAAACACAUAAAAAUGGUACUCCCAAACUAACAAUCUUGCCUAUUCUGGGGAAAAAAUAAAAAUGGGGUAGCACUUACCUUUAGAGAUACCUGCCAGUAAAUUAUUUUCUGUCAAGAGAAAAAGCAAACCAAUAUGUGAGAGACAGUUUGGAAAAAAUCAUGGAUAACAUUCCCACUUUCAUAAACCACAGUGCAAAUCACAGUAGUUAAAAAUUGGUUUUAAAUCCUUUGGAUUAUCCACUGCCUUAAAAUUAUACCUAUUUCCUUGUAGAAAAGAUAUCAGUCAGAAUUGGAGAUUUUUAACAGUGGUCAUUAUCAAAGCUGUGUUAUUUUCCACAGAAUAUAGAAUAUAUAUUUUUUUCGUGUGUGUUUUUGUUAACUACACUACAGAUAUUGAAUGCACCUUGAGAUAAUUUAGUGUUUUUAACUGGUACAUAAUUUAUCAAACAGUACAUGAAAGUGUAAUAAUAAAAUGUCUAUGUAUCUUUAGUUACAUUCAAAUUUGUAACUUUAUAAACAUGUUUUAUGCUUGAGGAGCUUUUUAGGGUGGUAGUGAAAAUGGAAACUUUUCAAAGUAGACAGGACAUGGGCCAAUAGUUACUUGUGAUUAGACUUUUAAACUUUGCUCUUUCAAGCAGAAGUUUGCUUUCUGGGAGAACAUUGCACAGCCAUUUUUGUCCCAGGAUUUACAGAACUUUAUAGGAAGAAAAAAAAAAAAAAAAAAACUGAACAUCAGAUUUCCAAGUAUAGAUCUGUGUUCUUCAUGGGGAAAAGGAAAACUGGUGUUCAUUGUUUAGACAAGUGGAAUAAAAAAUAAGAAAAUAAUGAAGAUAAAUUGAAGAUUAAAGUCAGAAGGCAAUUAAGAAUAGUAUUUUGCCACUUCCGCAUUAUUUAGAAACACAUGUUAUUGUGCAUUUGUAAACCGUUUAAUGUCUGGGCAAUAGUAAUUGAGUUUAAUAAAAGCUUCCUGUAGUGCAUUGGUAUGGAUUAAAUAUAUAAAGUAUCCUAUUAGACUCAAUGCUGUAUAAAAUAUUAUGGGGAAAAAAGAAAAUGUGUUAUAUUGCCUCUAAACUUUGAUUUAUUGAAGUUUUAUUUGGCAGGGAAAAAAUUGAAUCUUGGUCAACAUUCAAACCAAAGUAAAAGGGGAAAAACCAAAGUUAUUUGUUUUGCAUAGCAAAGCCAUUCUGUUAUCUCUGUAAAUACUGUGGUUUCUCUCUCUCUCUCUCUCUCUCUCUCUUUUUCAAUUUCUCUUUAGAAUUUUGUUAAAGAAAUUCUAAAAGUUUUAAACAUCUGCUUUCCACAAUAAACCAUGAACACUACAAAGAAAUCACUUCCAUAUAAUUUUUUUUUUUUUCCUUUUUUCUUUGGUGUGGGAGAUCAAAGCUUCAAAGUCUAACUUCUAAGAUGUAUUUGAGGAAAGAAGCAACAUGACAAUAGAAAGAGAGGGUUAUACUGUAAUUAUUUCUUGGCUUCCACUUGCAAUGGUUAACUAAUUCCGAAAAACAGCUGUCAGAACCUAGAGAGAAGAAAAUGAGAAAUGGAGAGCCAUGGACAAAAAGCAGAAAGAAGGAACAGCAUCAUUAUCAUUGAAGCAAUUCCUGGAUAAAGAGCAAGGCUCCUUUGUGUAAUGGCAGCCAAGUACACAGAAAUGCUGGGGAAAAGAUAAUUCACAGUCCUCAUUUUCUGAGGUUUCUUCUCUCCAAUUUAACUCUUUGACAACAGGAUACAGGUUUUGCCAGUUCAAGGUUCACUCUAUAUCUGUGAUUACAGGACUUGUAUGUGGAAAUGGAUUAACAUACCCGUCUAUGCCUAAAAGAUAAUAAAAAUGAAAUAUGUCUUCACAUAUCUCUCACA